AGAUUGCCUAAGAAGAAGUGUGCGAUUGCAUUUGGUUAUUGCGGUAUUGGCUAUUCAGGCCUGCAAAUCAACCAUGGCGUCAAAACAAUCGAAGGUGAUAUCUUUGAGGCAUUUUGCAAACUUGCUGCAGUCAGUAAAGAGAAUGCUAUCAACCCAAACAAAGUUGGACUGCAACGUGCUGCCCGAACAGAUAGAGGAGUACAUGCAGCAGGGAAUCUAUUAACGAUGAAAUUGAUCCUCGAACCUCCAGGAAUAGGACCAAAUGAUCUUGUCAAGAGCAUGAACGAAAUUCUGCCCGAGUUCAUUCGUAUUUGGGGCUUUACCCGCGUUCAGAAUAGCUUCAAUGCACGUACAAGCUGUGAUAGUCGUCAAUACGAGUAUCUACUACCCACAUACGUCUUUCUACCGCCAAAGCCAAGAUCGCAUAUGUACAACACCCUACAGCAAUGGGCCGAAAAGAGUGAAGGGGAAGAGGCCGGUAAAGCAGAUGCAGACGAUGAUGAAGAGUACAGGCCGACGAUUGACUAUUUGCUAAAUCACCCUUUCUGGAAAAAGCAAGGUAGCGAUAAAGACUUCAAAUCAGACACAGCAGCCAAAAAACAGUGGCGCAUCUCGAUGAAACAGCUUAAUAGAGUUCGAGAAAUCUUUUCAAAAUACGAAGGAUCGCACAACUUUCACAACUUUACCGUCGGGAAACCAUUCAGAGAUCGUAGUGCACAUCGUCAUAUGAUCAAGCUGACAAUUUCCGAUCCAAAGAUCAUCAAUGAAACUGAAUGGGUUUCGAUCAAAUUCCAUGGACAAUCCUUUAUGUUACAUCAGAUUCGUAAAAUGAUCGGAUUGUUGGUUCUUGUGGGAAGAACAACUGCACCUGCUUCUUUGAUUCCCGAAACUUUUGGACCUGCACGUAUUCACGUUCCCAAAGCACCUGGACUUGGACUUCUACUGGAAGAACCAAUUUUUGGAGGUUACAAUCGACGCUUGGAAGAGACGAUGAAACGACAGAAUGAAGAUCCGAUCAGUGGAAACAGUGGAGAAGGUGGAAUCCGUAAAGAAUCUGUCAUCUUUUCUGCACGAUAUGGCGAUCAAAUGGAACAAUUCAAACAGAAAUGGAUUUACGACCGAAUCCAUCAAGAAGAAGAAGAAAAACAUGAAUACGUAAAAUUCUUGCAAUAUCUAGAUGUUUUGUCCGGAAGUGAUUUUGAAUACCUAAAUCCAAAAGGUGUUAUCCCACAAAGUGCAAUUCUCAAGGUCGGGGAACAACAACGC